UGUGCCUGCGCGACGUCUCCGUCAGAAGCCGCUGUCACCGCCACAGUUUUUCCUGCAGAAACAAACUGAAGGUGAAACUAUGCGAGAAACAAUUUAAUUAAGAGACAUAAGGCUAGACAAAAACAGAUUUCCUCCUGUGGGUUCUUGGUAUAGUCCGAUUGAAAUCGAAAGCCACAUAAAAAGAACCCUUUCAAGAUCUACUAUCAUGGCUCCAACAUUGUAUGAUGAAAAGCCAAAUCCUGGGGACCUAAUAGAAAUCUUCCGUGGCUCUUACCAGCACUGGGCAGUCUACAUUGGCAAUGGCUUUGUGGUUCACCUGGCUCCACCUUCUGAGAUUUCAGGUGCAGGUGCCAACAGUAUGAUGUCCGUCUUGGCGGAGAAAGCUAUUGUGAAGGAAGAAGAGUUGUGGGACGUUGUGGGAAUAGACAAGUGGGUCAUCAACAACAGCCUAGAUGAUAAAUACACCCCUCAUAUGCCUGAAGUCAUUGUCCGGGAGGCAAGGAGACAAGUGGGGAAAGAAAUCCCUUACUGUGUCUUCAGAGGAAACUGUGAGCACUUUGUCACUGAGCUGCGUUAUGGCCGGCCUGAGUCCCGACAGGUUCGCAAGGCUGGUGAAACUGCCCUGCUUGUUGGUCUGGCAGGAGCAGUUGGACUGGGCAUUGUGGCUUUGGCAGGGGCGUUUCUUGGAGGAAACAAAAAGGAAAAGGAAAAGAACACACAGUAAUACAGCCAUAAUCCAGGCUUUCAUUAAAGGCCACUGGCACAAUAUGUUUUAGGCCAGCAAAACACAACUGCCAUUGACAUCAGGAGGCACAAAGGAUCUCUGUGUCUUAGUAACAGCACACAACAUAUAUGCAUCAUCUUUGGUAUAAAAAGGAUUAUUUUCACAUUUUAGUACAUGCUAUCAGCAUAUAAAACAUUAUUUAAAAUAAAUUUUAUUAAUACACAAUAUUUAUAGAGAUAUGGAAGAAAAAAUAUAUUCACUAUUAAUGCAUCUGUUUUAUAUAGCUCUUUUCUGGACACUAAAAUGCGCUUUACAGAGUAUUAUUCAUUCACUCUGUAAACACAGCUGCCCUGGGGCAGACUGAUGGAAGCGAGGCUGCCAAUCUGUGCCAUCGGCCCCUCUGACUACCAUCACUCACGCAUGCACACACCACUUUCAUACUAUUGAUAAAACUGUUUUUGUCAAGAUUCUUUGUUAUACAUACACCUCAGAAUAAACUGAAAUUGUGUGGGGGGGGGGGGAUGACCAAAUGAGUAAAAAACAAGCUAUCAAAGCAUUUUUGUCACUAUUGAUAACUUUGGCGUUUCUGGCCAUUACUGACACUGAAGUAACUCAUUUGUAUAUCUUGCUUUUGCUUAAAUGUGUUGUAUACAGCCCACUUGUUCUGUAACUUUGGUUAAUGAGGAAUGAUUUUCUCUAUCCCAGGAUUUUGUAAGCUUUUUCUCAAUUGCAUAAAUGGCAAGGCAACAAAUAAAAAUUUUUAAAAGUUC